AUGGCAAAAAAUUUAUUUAAACUAUUUUUCUUGGCUUUGUUUCUUGGUAUUAUUAACUUUUCGGUAAAUGUUGAAAGUUAUUCUUCUGAUCGUUCAACAUGUAAAGUGCCAAAUUGUUUUUGUGCCGGCACAACUCCUCCCGGAAAUCUUAAUAUAAAUGAUGUUCCACUAUUUUUCGAGUUAACUUUUGAUGAUGCUGUCCAAGAUCGUACCAUCAAUA